AGCCCCCCGGCCAUGGCCCCAUGGGCCCUGCUGCAUCACGAUGGCUCUGCAGAAACCUGAGCUCCCAGCAGUGACUGCGGCUCCCUAUUUGUGGUAUGUGACCUGUCCCCAGAAACAGGCGCUGCUAUUUUGGCUGGUGGAUAAUCAGCCUCUCAAAAAUAGGCGAUGGCUCCAGGACGCUGCGUGGGGAGAGAGCGUUCUGGAAGGGACACACCCCUGGGCAGGGGAGAAUAAAAUCCGCUGCUCCCCUGCCCCAGCCCAGCACGGCUCCAGCCCUUGCACCGAGCAGAGCUGCAGCACAACCAGGAGCACUCCUUGGAGCAGAGAUGCUUUGCCGCCUGCACUUUAUGCCGCCCAUGUCCAGCUCGCUGUUCCCGUGGCUGGGACCCGUCCGCACCCUCUGGCCACAUCCAGGCACCCUCUUCGCCGAGCUGGAGCGGGAGAUGCGGCUGGAGAUGGAGAGGGCUCGGGAGUUCAUGAGCAGCGUCGAGCAGUACCUGAGCAGCGGGAGCAGCCCCGGGCGGCUUGGCAUCGCCUCCGAGCGCACGUCCAGCACCAGCACAGCCCUGACCCAGGGCUCUGGGGACGGCUUCUCUGUCUGCCAGGACGUGAAGGACUUUGCGCCCGAGCAGCUGUCGGUGAAGGUGGUGGGCAGGAAGGUGGUGCUGGUGGGGCAGAAGGAGACGCAGAGCACAGACGACAAGGGCUCCUUCUCCUACAAGUACGAGGUGCUGAAGCGGGAGUGGGACGUGCCCGAGGAGGUGGACGCCGAAGCGCUGACCUGCUCCCUGUCCAAGGAAGGACAGCUCCGCAUCGAGGCCCCCAAGCUGGCACUGCCGGCUGUCCCGGAGAGGAACGUGCCCAUCCAGAUGGGGCCGGCGGUGGCACAGCCAGCUGGCAGCACUGAGGAGGGAGCCGAGCGGGCCAAGGCGUGAAGAGGAGCAACAGGGACCAGGCUGAGCCUGGCUACGGGGGCAGCUGCUGGCCGCAGAGCGGGACUGCGCGAUGGCCCGGGGAGUGGUGUCUGCCCAAAACAUGCGGCUUUUUUGAUAUGUAAUAAAUAUUCCUAACUUU